AUGGACUCCAUGGAAUCCCUGAUUCUUGAGCUCUACGAGAUAGAGGCCGUGAAAUUCGGGUCCUUCAAGCUCAAGUCCGGGAUCAUCUCUCCCAUCUACAUCGAUCUUCGCGUCAUCGUCUCCUUCCCGGCGCUUCUCCGCCGCGUUGCCGAUCUCCUCUUCUCCUGCCUGGCCGCUGCCUCGCCACCGCCGAGGUUCGACCUCGUCUGCGGCGUCCCCUACACCGCUCUACCCAUCGCCACCGUCGUCUCCGUCGAGCAUGGCAUCCCCAUGCUCAUGCGCCGCAAGGAGGUCAAGACCUACGGCACAGGGAAGUCGAUCGAGGGGGUGUUUGCGAAAGGCCAGGCCUGUCUCGUGGUGGAGGAUCUCGUCACCUCCGGCGCCUCGGUGCUGGAGACCGCGGCGCCGCUGCGGGCCGAGGGUCUGGAAGUGGCGGACGCGGUGGUGCUGAUCGAUCGGGAGCAAGGAGGCAGGGAAAACCUGGCUAACCAGGGGAUACGGCUUCACUCCAUGCUGAGGCUAUCUGGAAUCGUGGAAGCUCUGGUGAGGCACGGGAAGAUUUCGGAGGAGAAGCAGAGGGAAGUCAUAUCAUUCCUCGAUGAGAACAGAAUGGUCAAGGUGCCCUCGCCGGCGCCUGCCGGCGACAAGGCAAAGACUAGGGUUAGGGUUUCUUAUGGGGAGAGAGCAGCAGUGGUGAAGAAUCCGGCGGGGAGGAGGUUGUUGGAGGUGAUGGAGGCGAAGCAGAGCAACCUUUGUCUGGCGGCCGACGUGAGCACAGCGAAGGAGCUCCUCGCCAUCGCCGACAAGGUCUGAUUGUCCUCUUAGUCGAUCCUCCUCUCUAUUUCCGUUUUUAUUUUCCCGUGUUCGUCUGCAUUGUGCAUGGAACUUUUGCUGUAAAUUUUCCAUAGAAAUCCAGAGAUGAAAUACUCAUUUUAGACUCUGAAUAGGAAAACCUGCUCCACUCGUCAUGAACUGAUAAACUGGUUGAAGUCAUAUCUAAUAAACCUGCUCCACUUGCCCUAGUCUUCCUCUUCAAGCUUAAUCAUCAUAUAUUUAUUUCCUCCAAUAGUUGGAUGACCUUCUGAGCUGGUCCCUCCAUCUUACAUGCAGGUUGGCUCCGAGAUUUGCUUAUUGAAGACCCACGUUGAUAUAUUGCCUGAUUUCACUCCAGAUUUUGGUUCUCAGCUUCGCACGGUGAGUUUUUGCAUGAAUAAACUCUAUUAUAGAAGAAUCAGAGAGAUAUGCCUCCACCCAUGAAGCAUCAAUGCUCGAAAUGCCAUCUUGAUCAGCUCUAGAUUACUAUCUAAGGUCAAUGGAUGGAUAUUCUUCCUUUUAUGCCAAUUCUGAAAGUCAGAGUGAUCAAAUUUAGUAGGAAAAUAAAGCAAAAGCCUGCUUCGACAUCACAGAUAAUUUGUUUAGAUUUUAUUCCAUCUUUUAUCCAAAUUUAUUCAACAGAACUCUUCAAAAUGCAGAUUGCAGACCGGCACAAUUUCCUAAUCUUCGAGGAUCGCAAGUUUGCUGACAUUGGAAACACAGUGACGAUGCAGUAUGAAGGGUGAGAUGUCGCUCCCAUUAAUAGCAAAUAUAUAUAUAUAUAUUCUAUUGAAGCAUAUAUUUCAUGAAACUAUAAUUCCUCCUGUUUUUGCAGAGGUGUCUAUCGCAUUCUUGACUGGGCAGACAUAGUCAAUGCCCACAUAAUCCCCGGACCUGGGAUUGUGGAGGGUCUGAGUCAGAAGGUCAGUGGGUCCCCAAGAACUGACAUUUGGGUCAAUGGUGAUUUGUCAGAGCCUCCGAAUCAGUAUUAAUUUCCUUUGAUGGGUAUCUUUGGCGCUCCUGCAGGGAUUGCCAUCUGGCAGGGGCUUGCUAUUGCUGGCUGAGAUGAGCUCAAAGGGUAAUCUGGCAACAGGUGAGUACACCUCAGCAGCCGUGAGGAUUGCCGAAGAACACUCAGAUUUCGUCAUUGGAUUUAUAUCCGUGAAUCCGGGGUCUUGGCCGGGCUCUGUCAACCCAGGGUUCAUUCAUGCAACCCCUGGAGUGCAGAUGGUCGUCGGGGGGGACUCCCUUGGCCAGCAAUAUAAUACUCCUCACUCGGUAAGUUCCUUUCUAGAUCAUAUGAUUUGGGUGAACUAUAUUUUAGUUAAAAUGGAGAUAUGAGCAUUUUUUAGAUCAUAUGAUUGGGCGAACUAGAUUUCAAUUAAAGUUGAGAUAUUAGCGGGCCCGAUUACUGAAACUAUUGCUCUUGCUCUCCUUCAGGUUAUCAGUGAGAGGGGCAGUGACAUAAUUAUUGUCGGGCGUGGAAUAAUCAAGGCAUCGGAUCCUGCUGAGGCUGCCAAAGAGUACCGCCUCCAGGGAUGGGAGGCAUACAGAGCCUCCCUUCAGUAA